GUCGUUGUUCUCAAAGCAGCUUCGCCAGCCAGCGUCCAGCGGGAGGGGUGUGGCCCUGGGCGUCGGAAGCCGCCUCGUUGCCGCGUCUUUUCGCGCUCGUUCUCCGUGUUAAUUCCUUUCCGACUGCCAGCCCUGACGUGUUUCAGCCAUGUCUGACAAAAGUGAGCUGAAGGCGGAGUUGGAGCGCAAGAAGCAACGAUUAGCUCAAAUCAGAGAGGAGAAGAAAAGAAAGGAGGAAGAAAGAAAGAAGAAAGAAACUGACCAGAAGAAGGAAGUUCUUCCAGUACAAGAAGAAUCUGAUCUUGAAAAGAAGAGAAGAGAAGCGGAAGCAUUGCUUCAGAGCAUGGGGUUGACACCUGAGUCUCCUGUUGCUGUGCAACCUCUGCGAGUAGUAACAGCGGAUACCUGUCUGUUUCACUAUUUAGUCCCUCCUCCUACCUCUCCGUCUUCCAAAUCCGUGAGUACGCCAAGCGAGGCUGGGAGCCAGGAUUCCGGGGAUGGUGCUGUUGGAUCGAGGACGCUGCAUUGGGAUACUGAUCCAUCAGUUCUUCAGCUCCACUCUGAUUCCGAUCUGGGACGUGGACCUGUUAAACUUGGAAUGGCCAAAAUUACACAAGUUGACUUUCCUCCACGAGAAAUUGUUACCUACACAAAGGAGACGCAAACACCUGUCAUGACUCAGCCCAAGGAAGAUGAGGAGGAGGAAGAUGAUGUGGUUGCACCAAAACCAUUGGUUGAACCUGAAGAAGAAAAAACAUUAAAAAAAGAGGAGGAGGAAGAAGCUGCCCCUCAUGAACUCACAGAGGAGGAAAAGCAACAAAUUUUGCAUUCUGAAGAAUUUUUAAGUUUUUUUGACCACUCCACAAGGAUUGUUGAAAGAGCCCUUUCUGAGCAAAUCAACAUUUUCUUUGACUACAGUGGAAGAGACUUAGAAGACAAAGAAGGAGAGAUUCAAGCGGGAGCAAAACUGUCCUUAAACAGGCAGUUUUUUGAUGAACGUUGGUCAAAGCAUCGUGUUGUCAGUUGUCUGGAUUGGUCAUCUCAGUAUCCAGAAUUACUUGUAGCCUCUUACAACAACAAUGAGGAUGCGCCUCACGAGCCUGACGGGGUGGCCCUUGUAUGGAAUAUGAAGUACAAGAAAACUACCCCAGAGUAUGUCUUUCACUGCCAGUCUGCAGUGAUGUCAGCUACAUUUGCAAAAUUUCAUCCCAAUCUGGUGGUUGGUGGCACAUACUCGGGCCAGAUAGUGCUGUGGGAUAAUCGCAGCAAUAAGAGAACCCCAGUGCAGAGAACGCCACUUUCAGCUGCUGCUCACACGCACCCAGUGUACUGUGUAAAUGUUGUUGGGACCCAGAAUGCUCAUAAUUUGAUUAGUAUCUCAACUGAUGGGAAAAUAUGCUCUUGGAGUUUGGAUAUGCUUUCCCAACCACAGGAUAGCAUGGAGCUGGUUCACAAACAGUCCAAGGCUGUGGCUGUUACCUGCAUGUCUUUCCCUAUUGGAGAUGUCAACAACUUUGUUGUUGGCAGUGAAGAAGGCUCAGUGUACACUGCAUGCCGUCAUGGCAGCAAAGCUGGAAUCAGUGAGAUGUUUGAAGGACACCAGGGACCAAUCACAGGUAUCAACUGCCAUGCAGCAGUUGGACCUGUAGACUUCUCACAUCUUUUUGUCACCUCUUCUUUUGACUGGACAGUAAAGCUUUGGACAACGAAGAAUAACAAACCUCUCUACUCCUUUGAAGACAAUUCAGAUUAUGUUUAUGAUGUGAUGUGGUCUCCAACUCACCCUGCCUUAUUUGCCUGUGUGGAUGGUAUGGGCAGGCUUGACUUGUGGAAUCUCAACAAUGAUACUGAGGUGCCCACAGCAAGCAUCACCGUGGAGGGCAAUCCUGCUCUGAACCGUGUGAGAUGGACGCAUUCGGGGAGAGAGAUUGCUGUAGGUGAUUCAGAGGGACAAAUAGUUAUAUAUGACGUGGGAGAGCAAAUCGCCGUGCCUCGCGGGGACGAGUGGGCUCGCUUCGGCCGAACGCUGGCGGAGAUCAACGCCAACAGAGCCGACGCAGAGGAGGAGGCUGCGACCCGCAUCCCGGCAUAGAGCUCCAGCCAGCCCCAGGGCCACGCUGCCAGGGACUGGAUGCAAAUCCUCCAGUGUCAGUUCUAACCACAGAGCAGGGGAGGAAUAUAUGGAUUCAGCAAUGGACUUUGAAAUAUAUUAAGAUCACUGAAAAUCAGAUCUUGCUUUGUUUUGUUUUAUAUAUAAAUUACAAGCACAUUCUUGGAUUUGUGUAACUUUUAAUACGGUUAACUUUGACUUUGCAGGGAUCUUCUUUUGCUGAAACACUAACCUGGUAUAAAUUUGCUACUUGGCUUCUGUAAAGUUCAAUCUGAAACAGUAUCUUUCUGAAAAGUAAAAGCUCUACUCCUAAAACUUUCUGUAUUACAGACUAACCUUCAUUAGGUAGUAAAUCUCUGAAGUAUUCUUUACUUUGAACUUUUCAAAUUACCAGUGAUAUGCAUGCAUAUGUUCCAAGUUUCAUUGUUUAUAUAUAGAUAAGCCUCAGACUCUGGUAGUGGGUAAUAUAUGUGAAUAAAAAAUUGUCUGUAGUUACAAAUUUAUGUGAUAAUCAGACCUGAAUUAAUGAAAUACAUAUUUAAUACUAAUUUCCUUUUGUUUGAAUUGGUGCAUUAAAAGGUGAGACUGAUUCAUAAAUAAAUACUAUACAAGCA